UUUAAUUUAUUAAUUUAUAAUAUGUCAUCAAAAUAUAUAAAUCAGCAUCAAAUGAAGCAAACAGGUAAUAAGAAUGUUGGCUAUCGGGUGGAUAUUCUCAAGUGGAGCGAUAGAAUGGAUUUAUUAGCUGUCGGAAACGAUAAAGGAGAAGUUAUAUUGCAUCGCCUGAAAUGGCAAAAAGUAUGGCAAUUGAGCCCACCCGAGGAAGGCUUGCGCGUUCGCGCAAUUGCAUGGAGGCCGUUGGAGAAAGUCAUGGCAAUUGCUUACAGUAAUGGUACAGUGCUUCUGAUUAACAUAGAAAACAAAGAAGAAAUCUAUAGCUUCAAUGUUAAAUCCGACAUAACUUGUUUGAAUUGGACAGAAAACACAAGCGAAAUUCCCGCAAACGAUACUAGUGGGGAUGCAAUUAACAACCACACGGUCUUUCUUCCUCCGUUACCAAAUUUGAAUUCACUCUCCUCAACGGCUAAAUCAGUUGAUUACAAUACAAUUAAGUUCUAUUCAAAGCAGAUUCUGAAUCUUCUAAUUGUAGCAACUAUGAAUGGAAUGAUUCAUAUUUCCGUAUUUGGAAUGUUAGUUUGUUGCGAAAUUGAUAUAUUUGAAAAGCUUAACAUACAUCACAGAGACGCCAUUGUUAAAAAUGUUAAAAUGAGUUCCAAUUUUAAGCAACUAUUUGUUACUAUUCAAAAAAAUCAAAGUGGCAUAGAGCUAUAUAUUUUGGAGAAUGACAUACUACAAAAAUAUUCCACUUCAUUGUUGAAUUUGGCUAUUAAACACGCACAUCUUCUGGGUACCAUGGCAUACAUAAACGAUACGAUUGAGUGCAUCAUUGAGGCAUGGGAAACGGUGUUGCUAGAAAUGGACAAUAAACUAACUAAAUAUGCCGAUGGCAAGGCCCCUGGUACGAUUUCUGCAGAUUUUCUAGAGCUGUUGAUGUUCGGUUGCACAUCGCAAGAUCUGGAACAAUUUUUACUUCGAGAUCUGACAGAAAAAGGACUAAAAAAGCUAGGAAAUAGUAUAGAAUUGAGCUACUCGACCAUUCAGAAAUUGGUGGUAAAACCAUUACACACUGCUAUCUGCAGUGUGUUUUAUCAUUUAAACUCGCUGCAAGGUAUGAUAAGCAAUGUAUUCUACUACAAACCGCUACUUGGAGAAGUAACUAAUGAAGCUUUGAUCAAUUGUGGAGCGUUCCUAAUUAAAGCCUAUGAACUACAACAGACAAUCGAUACAUCCACCAGAGAUUUUAAAAUAUUUUUCCGCUGGUUGUAUAUCGUAAUUGUUCGUUUAAUGGACGAAACUCUACCGGAAGACAGUCCGUCUGUGACACAGCAAGAAAUCAACUACCUGGCCGAGUUUCUCGAUAACUUUGAUGCUAACCAAAGUUCAGAUCCCAGCGAAAUUGGAGAGAGUAUUGUUAACGAUGAUAAGAAGCGAAAAUUCAACCUAGAACGAGUUGGUCAAUACUUGGAAGACAAAAUAUUAUCAUAUCCAUCGAAAGCCGAUGCCUCUAACCAGUGGGCAACACUGCUUGAACAAAACGAAUGUCUCAAAUCGUGCCAGCUUAUAUAUCCCCAUCACGAUAAUUAUUCAUUAGUUCAGCAACAUAACCUUUUGAAAUCAAGUAUUGAUAAAAUUUUUGAAAAUCCUAUUGCGAUUAUAGGCGCGGAUUUCAAGCAGGUUAGCAUGCUACGGUUACAACACAAUAGUGGCUCUACUACAUUUCAUCAAACCGUGACUAACAUCAGUGAAAACAACGGAUCUGCUACUUUCUUCGGUCUACUCGAAUCGGACAGUAGUCUCAUCAUAGCGGAGUGCAAUUCCUCAUCGAUGUUACGUUUUGUUCAACUCGUUUUUGGAGAAAAACCCUUUUUCGGAACACGCAUCAAUGCAUACGGCGAUUUGACGUUCAAACACAUCCAAUUCUACGAUGAAGAAUUCUUGUCCAUAUUACUACGCGGACAAACGAGUGAUGGACGGUGCUGUAGCUAUUUCUUCCAAUUACCGUUGCAGAAAGUGAUGGAGACGCUUGAGACAGUUGAUUUUACAAAUAAUCAUGUAAUCGAUCGUCAGAGCAAUUGCUGUCGUACGAUAAACGUUUACACACUGCUGGAGGAAAGUAAUUUAAAAAUGUUGGACGGAAUGGAUGCGGCUAUGAUCGCCGUAUCCGGAACUAGGAAUGUCGCCGCAGUAGUUUCCGAAUCUUUAAAGACGAUUCGCAUUUAUGAUAUGGAUGCUCAAGAAGAAGAUGACGACCUAUUGAGCACAUCGCUGAACAACAGCAGCUUGGACAACAGUAAGGAUUCCAUGCAGAUAUGAAAUCGUGGAAAU